AUGAAUCUCCAUCAAGUCCUUACAGGGGCUGUCAACCCAGGGGACAACUGCUUCUCUGUUGGGAACAUCAACAAUGUGCCUUUCACGGCCUAUGCAUCCGGAUGUGAUGUGGUGAUUUUGGGCAGUAACUUUGAACGGCUGCAGAUCAUCCCAGGGGCCAAACACGGUAACAUCCAGGUGGGCUGUGUGAACUGCUCACCACAAGGUGGACAGAUUGCAGCUUCCUAUGGAAGCAUAGUGUGUAUCUUUGAGCCUGUUCAGCUGACAUGUCAAAAGGACACACCGUUAUCUAAACUGAACUGUCAGUGGCAGAAGACUGGUCAGUUUGUUUUAAAGUCUAUGGUACGAAACUUGGCUUGGCACCCCACAGGCAGCACUCUGUUAACGGGCUCCAGCAGCCUCCAGCUGUGGUCUAAUGCUGAUGAUGGAAAAGAUGAAGGUGGAGAAAGGAGAGAGCAGACAGAAAGACCCAAACAAAACGCUCAUUCUACCUGGAGGUGUAUCUGGCAGAGCAAGACUGCAUCUUCAGUUAGUUUCAUGCAGUUCUCUCCUGAUGGGGAAUUCUUUGCCACUGCUGGACAGGAUGACUGUCUGGUGAAGGUUUGGUACAACACUAACAAGUGGAAGUCAUGCAUUGCCAGACUGUUCACACCUCCAGAUACCAGUGUGAGUUUACAGGGAGAACUGGCCUUUUCCUUUGUCUACCUGGCCCAUCCUCGCUCUGUCACUGGUUUCUCUUGGAGGAAAACAAGCAAAUACAUGCCUCGCGGUGCAGUUUGUAAUGUUCUGCUCACCUGCUGUAAAGACAGCGUUUGUCGCCUCUGGGCAGAGACCUUGUUGCCAGGUGACAGCCUCAUCUCUGGUUACCCUGACAACUACUCAUAUGACCAUAAUGGUGAAACAAUCAGAUGUGAUGGGAAGACACAUGGAAUGACACCACAAGAAUUCAGUUUUCAAGAAUCAUGGCAUUCCUCCUUGAAUCGAGACGUUCCCCAGCCGUCAAUGACCAGCUGCCUGCUUCACCAUCAGAGCCAACACCAUAACCACAAGAGAGGCAACAGAGGACCGCCCAACGCUAAUGCUCUCUGCCACUUCCACAUCGCUGCCAGCAUCAACCCUGCCACAGACAUUCCUUUACUGCCCUCCAUCUCUUCUCUUAACACUGUGGAUGAUGAUGAACCUGGAGGUCUGUUUACGGUCCAUUGGCUCAACAACAAAGAGCUUCAGUUCACUUUAGCCAUGGAGGUCUUUUUAGAGCAGCUCAGGGGCAGUUUAGAACAAAGGAACGAAUGCUUCAAUGAAGAGCUUGAAGAUGAAGAAAACUCAGAUGACGAAGACAGCAGGCCAGUUGACCUCCAUGGGGAUGAUGGGCUUCCUGUAGCAGCUGUGGAGCAUCAGGUGGACGUUUUGAUAGAAGAGUGGAAUAAAGCAGCUGACAUGCUGUUCAGUAUACAUCCCAUUGAUGGCUCUCUGUUAGUCUGGCAUGUUGACUGGUUAGAUGAAUUUCAACCAGGCAUGUUCAGGCAAGCUCAGGUGUCAUUUGUGUCCCGUAUCCCUGUAGCAUUCCCUACAGGGGAUGCCAUCUCCCUGAGCCACAGUGUGGUUAUGUAUGCUUGCAACAAGAACGUGGAUUUAGCCAUCCAACACGAUAGACAGCGGCCGCCUGGGACCUCAUUGUCUCGAACCAAAUCUACUCUAAUAAGCUAUGGAAGUCAAGGAAAAGUUGCACCCAGUAGCAGUCUUCGGCUAAGCAUUUUUACCCCUAACGUCCUUAUGAUAUCCAAACAUGAUGAUGGCUCUCUGAAUCAGUGGGCAGUCAGUUUUGCAGAGGACUCUGCUUUUUCCACUGUGCUCAGUGUUUCCCACAAAUCACGCUACUGUGGUCACCGUUUCCACCUCAAUGACUUGGCCUGUCACUCCUUACUUCCUCUCCUCCUCACCACCUCGCAUCACAAUGCCUUGAGGACACCCGAGGCAGACGGCAUCCGGACUCCUCCACAGGCCUACUCCCGGUCCACGUCUCUGCCGUAUGGGUCACGGCCCUCCCGAGUGUCUCUGGGCAGGGUUUCUCAAGAUCCCAAUGCCAUCUACAGUGAGCUAAUUUUAUGGCGAGUAGACCCUGUUGGUCCACUGUCUUUGUCAGGCGGGGUCUCAGAACUCGCUAGGAUAAAUUCACUUCAUGCAUCAGCGUUUGCAAAUGUAGCCUGGCUGCCAACACUCAUUCCUAGCAGCUGUUUAGGUGUGUACUGUAACUCCCCGAGUGCGUGCUUUGUGGCUAGCGAUGGCAAGUCGCUCAGACUCUAUCAGGCUGUUAUUGAGGCUAAGAAACUCCUGAGCGAGCUCUCCAAUCCUGAGAUGUCUAAAUAUGUAGAGGAGGUGUUCAACAUUGUCAGUCAGCAGUCCACAGCGAAACCAGGCUGUAUCAUAGAGCUGGAUCCCAUUACUGACUUUAAGGGGAAGGCGACGCAACUCCUGCAUGUCUUUGAAGAGGACCUGAUUCUUGGCAGUGUGGGAAAUAAAGCCACUCAGGAAACCCCCGACUCUCCUUCAUCCAGUAAACCAGCCUUUUCAGGACGUUUUUGUCUUGUGGUGGUAGAAUUAACCCCAACAGGUCGCUCACUCCUCCAUAUGUGGCAUCUCCAUAUUGCUGCUUGCCCUGUCACUGUUGAGGAAACUACUGGUACAUCAAAAAUGGAUAUCGACCCGUUUUCUCCUGUGAUCAGCUCUCAGUUUAUCUUUGACACACUCAAUUCUCCAUUAACUCCGAAGAACAAACCAUUGACUUCCAACCUGCAGAGCACCUGCCGCCUUAGCCUAACAACACAAAGGUUGUGUAGCCAAGAGAUGGCUCUUCCAGCAGGGGUGGAAGUCAUCAGUGUUACUCCUUCAGCAGGUCACUUGAGCGCAUCAUGUUCUCUGCCAUCCGGUCGCGUGCCUUACCUUCUUGCCACUUCCUGUUCCGAUGGAAAAGUGCGCUUCUGGACAUGUAAUGUUUCACCUGAACCCUCCAGUUCUGACAGCUUGGUGUACCAGUGGGAGGAGUGGCCACUCCUGGUGGAGGAAAGACUUCCCAACAGCAGCUCAAUAAGUGUGCCUGGUCGUCCCAUCAAGGUGAGCUGCUGUCAUACUGGACGGAUCGCUGUAGCCUACAGGGAGGCACCAAACACACCUCUAAACUCAACACCUCAACUGAGCUCCCAUCUACUUCCAACUUUUCCCAACCUGUCAUCCUCCCCAUAUGCAUUCCACAAUAACACCCACCUGAUCCCAACCCUGAUUGUGCACCCAAGUCUGACUCCUAACCCAGCCAACACAAGAGAACCACCAGUGCACAUCAGCAUCUUCCAGUGUGAGUCCACUGGUGGUUCACAGUGGAUUCUUGAGCAAACCAUAGUCUUGGAUGCCACAGAUUCCCCAAUUAAUUCUGCUGCUGGCAUUGGUACAACUGGAAGUUCCAAUAUUUCCAGUAAUUUUCACUUUUCUGCACCAAUUGAACACUGUCCAGGUUCUGCUAGUAAGAGUCUGGUUCACUUGGACUGGGUUUCUCAAGAAGAUGGAUCCCACGUACUGACUGUUAGUAUUGGGACAAAGAUUUAUAUGUACGGUCGACUGUCUGGAAAGCCUCCAGAGCUAGGUUUGUCAUCUGAGUCAAACAAAGACCAAAGCUUGUCUCGCUUGGUUCUGCUUCGCCUAGUCAAUCUGGUGUCCUCUGUUGAAGGCUCUUUGCCCAUCCCAAUUUCCCUCUCCUGGGUUCGAGAUGGGAUAUUGGUAGUGGGCAUGGAAUGCGAGAUGCAUGUUUAUUCUCAGUGGCAGCCCCCAGUUCCCCCCAAACCUAAUAUUACAGUUGUCCAAGAUACAGAUAUCAGCAGCAGCAUCUCCUCUAUAGCCUCAGCCAUCAGACAGUAUCAGGAGGACGGUCAUAACUCUGCAGCUCCCAUGUCUUCACUGACCCUUCCCAAAAGGAGCCUAACAAGAUCAAUGAUGAGCCUGGCUCAGAAACUCAGUGGGAAGAAAACAGCGUACGACCUUCCUGAGGAGAUGGAAGAUUAUGGGCUCUUUGAAGCAGCUUAUCAUCUCUUUCCUACUCUACCUCAAUACCAUCCUGUGCAGUUACUGGAGCUAAUGGACCUUGGAAAGGUUCACCGUGCCAAAGCAAUCCUCUCACACUUGGUGAAAUGCAUUGCUGGAGAAAUUGUGAUACUUAAAGAUAAUGCCACCAAUCCAGAGAAACGUGUGCGGUCUCGAACUAUCAGUGUCGGAGGCAGCACAGCAAGGGACCAGAAAAUAUUCAGCAAUUCAGAGAGCUCCAGCCCUGACUACACAGAGAUAAGCUCCAUCCCUCCCAUGCCUUUGUACGCCCUGCUGGCAGCUGAUGAGGACACGUCACAACUUGAAAAUGUGGGCAGUAUGAGUGGAGACAGUGGGCGUGGCUCCAGCCAGACUGAUGCUUAUGAUGAACUCUUUCAUACACCCAACACUGUGGAUUUUAAACCCCUGGAUAACGAACGGGAGGAAAAUGGGAAUAAGGUGAUAGACUUGUCCCAGUACAGUCCAACAUACUUUGGUCCAGAGCAUGCUCAGGUCCUGUCAAGCCACCUCCUCCACUCCAGUUUGCCUGGAUUAACUCGAAUGGAGCAGAUGUCGCUUAUGGCUCUGGCAGAUACCAUCGCUACCACAAGCACAGACCUCAAAGACAACCAGGACAAGAGCAAAGGUGGAGAGACUCUUGAUGAAUGUGGACUGAGGUUCUUGCUGGCUGUCAGACUCCAUACCUUUCUUCUAACCUCCUUGCCUCCUGUACAUCGAGCACAGCUGCUACGGCAAGGUCUGUCAACCUGUCAUUAUGCCUGGGCCUUUCACUCUGAAGCUGAGGAGGAGCUGCUGAACAUGCUGCCUGCUUUGCAGAAAGGGGAGCCCACCUGGACAGAGCUGCGCUCGAUGGGCGUGGGCUGGUGGUUGUGCAGCACCAAUAAGCUGCGCAAGUGCAUUGAGAAGGUUGCCAAGGCUUCCUUUCAGCGAAACAAUGAUCCUCUGGAUGCAGCUAUAUUUUACCUUGCCAUGAAAAAGAAGGCAGUGGUUUGGGGACUGUACAGGUCUCAGAAGAAUGUAAAAAUGACAGAGUUUUUCCACAACAACUUCAGCGAGGACAGAUGGAGGAAAGCAGCACUGAAGAAUGCCUUCUCUCUGUUGGGAAAACAGCGAUUCCAGCAUUCUGCGGCUUUUUUUCUUCUCGCCGGCUCCCUCAAAGAUGCUGUGGAGGUGUGUUUAGAGAAAAUGCAGGACCUGCAGCUGGCCCUGGUGAUCUCUAGACUGUAUGAGUCAGAGUUUGAGACGGCGUCCACAUAUAAAAAGAUCCUCCAGAGAUACGUUUUGGGACGUGACAAACAGAUUCCAGCACACCUGGAUCCAUUCCUACGGAGCAUAGCUUACUGGGUCCUGGAGGACUAUAGCAAAGCGCUGGACACUCUAAUUGAGCAGCCUGCUCACUGCAAAAGCUCUGGAUCCUUCGAAAAUAAAUAUGACAGUGGUUCUUCGGCCAUGUCUGCUUGCAACCCUGAGGUCUUUAACUUUUACAUCUACCUCCGUACACACCCUCUCCUUCUCCGCCGCCAUUUUGUUUCCUCAGACAAGGCAAAAGUGGCUUUGACUGCUGAAGGUCGCAGGGCUGACUCCAUCAGUCUGGACGAGAGAAGAUUGUUUUUCACAGCUGCAUAUGCACAUCUGCACGCUGGGUGCCCUAUGCUAGCCCUUGAAGUCCUUUCCAAAAUGCCCAAAGUCCGCAAGCAUUCUAAACUCUCCAGACACGAGGACACAAGCAUUACACCUGAACUCAGUGUUGGGAGCAGGAACGGGCACUCAGAACCCGACUGGUCUCCACCUGACCUGAACGGCUACCACUCGGAUGCGAACAGCAACAGCAAAUCAGAUUCAGUGUUAAGUUUUGACUGGAGCCAGCAAUCACUGACCCUUCCAGAUGAGCCCCUGGAAUUGAAGUGGGAUAGUGACAAAGAUGAAGAUGAUGAUGAGGAGGAGAAUCAUAACGAGACUAAAACAGAAAUUAAAGCUGCAGACAACAGUGUGUUUCAAGACAAACAAGACUCUGUGUUGACGAUAGCAGAAACGGUGAAAAGUGAUAAGAGUGCAGACAGCAGUGAGUUCAUUGCACCAUGUGAUGACAUCUUUUUGGCCCAACUCAAGUUCACUGCUUGCUUGAAGAUUAUGACCACAGAGCUGCGGACGCUGUCAACCGGGUAUGAUCUGGAUGGAGGGAAGCUACGUUACCAGCUCUGCCAAUGGCUAGAAAGAGAGGUGGUGGCUCACCAGCGCUGUUGUGGCUAUAAGCCCUGCUUGCAAGAGCAGUCAGUCCAGGGUAAUAACCCUGUUUCUGGACUAGUGGAAGAAGAACAGCCUGGGAGCCCCCGUGGUGACAACCAGAGGAGCAGGAGACUCUGGCUGCAGAGUAACCAGCCUUUACUGAGGAUGUUUCUGAGCUACUGCAGCUUGCAUGGCUCUCAUGGCGGAGGGCUAGCUUCUGUACGCAUGGAGCUCAUAUUGCUGCUACAGGAGUCCCACCAGGAUGACUCUAUCUCUUCAGUGGUGGCAUCAAGUUCCCAGCCCACUUCUAUUCCUCUUCUCAUGGCUUGUACAGUUAAUGUGAAGACCGUUGUGGCCAACCCCAUCGUCUACCUGACCAACCUGACUCAUGACAUCCUGCAUACCAUCGUUGCGCUCGACUCUCCCCCACAUCAUGAUGUUGUUAACAAUGAGAUCUAUGUGAUGCACACAUUGGCCGCUUCCCUGUCUGCCUGUAUUUAUCAGUGUCUUUGUGAUGGACACAAAUACAACCACGUGAACCAUUUCACAGGAACUGUGUAUCAGAGCGUUCUGCUGUCUCAGAAGCAGCCGCUCAAAACUGUCUGCCUGGAUGAUGCUCAGCCCAACACGUCACCUGCUCAGUGGCCAGGUAUUGCCUCUCUUUUUGGCCUGUUGAGCUCAGCGGGUGAGGAGAUGCAGCCGGGCUUGGCUGUGCUGCUCUGUGAGAUCCUGACUGCUGUCUUCCUCAGUCUGUUUGUUCACGGCAUGGCCACUCAUUCCAGCAACGAGCUGUUUCGCAUCGUGGCUCACCCGCUCAACAGCAAACUCUGGAGGACGGUGUUUGGAGGAGGCGCUCGCAUCGCUAUCAUGGAUAAACCCAGCAGUCCAGCAAGAACACCCCCACCAAGCUCACCAGCUGGCUCAGACAGGAAAUCCAAACGAUUCAGGCUUCUUUCAUCACGCAGCGGAUCCAGAGAAGAGUCUGGGAUAGAGCGGGAGGGGCCUUCCAGUCCUAAACGCAGCCCUGUUGUGGAACAGGAAGCUGCCUCCAUCUUCAAAGAGCAAUUUGUGCCUCCGGAGCUCAGCAUUUGGGAUUUUUUCAUUGCUAAGCCUGCGUUGCCGCCAUCAGAAGACAGAAUCGAUUAUGACUCUGAGCAGAGCCAGGAAAGCCAAGAUGAAGAUGAUGAUGACGACUGUGAUGUCGUGUUUGACCCCAACUCUCCCCAGAGAGAGCAUUCAAACCAUAAUUCAUACAGCUGGUGUUUAAUGCGUCUGGCCAUGGUGCAGUUGGUGUUGGUCAACCUCAAGUCUUUUUACCCAAUGGCGGGAUACGAUCUGCUAGAUUUGCCCGUUGUGUCGCCUCUGUGUCACUCUGUCCUGAAGACGCUGCAACGCUGGGAGCAGGUGUUGCAGAAAAGACUAGAGAUCUUUGGUGGCCCCCCUGCUAAGUACAUCUCAGUUCACCUUCUUGAUGAAACCACCACACCUGGACCCGCCCUGCUCAGACACAAAGCUCUGUUGGAACCGUCCAACAUCCCAUUCAGAAGUAACCACUAUUCAGCACUGCCAGUGAAACGUUUAUGGCAAUAUUUGGUCAAGCAGGAAGAAGUUCAAGAGACUUUCAUCAGAAACAUUUUCAUCAAGAAACCAGGCACAAAUCAGUCGGUUGAGGACCAGACUGACAAUAUGAAAUAUUCAGGGACGGAAGAGACGGGAAACAAUCAGACUGAGUCAGAUCUGGGCUGCCCCGGAGGCAAAGCACGCAUCAUCCACAAGGAAUCUGACAUCAUCACAGCCUUUGCCAUCAACAAGGCAAACCGCAACUGUUUAGUCAUGGCCUCCACCCAUGACAUUCAGGAGCUGGAUGUGUCAUCCAUCUUGGCCACACAGAUCAUGACAUGGAUCGAUGAGGAGGAGACUGAAACCAAGAAUCUUGGUGGGGAUGACUUCCUGGUGGUCCAUGCUCGUGACGAUUUUGCUUCACUGCACGGCACCACACCGUACACCCACAGUAGUCCCGGCACACCCAUCAGUGUGCCCUGGCUUGGGGGGCAGCAAACGGGCAGGGGUGCAUCAGUGAUGAUCAAGAGAAAUAUCAACAAUGUGCGAAGAAUGACCUCCCAUCCCACGCUUCCAUACUACCUGACAGGAGCUCAGGAUGGCAGCGUGCGAAUGUUUGAGUGGGGUCACUCCCAGCAGAUCAUCUGCUUCAGAAGUCCAGGCAACUCCAGAGUCACCAGGAUCCGAUUCAACCACCAAGGAAACAAGUUUGGGAUUGUAGACGCUGAUGGAAGUUUGAGCCUCUGGCAGACCAACACAAGUGGGAAUACACCCAAACCAUAUCUGACUUUGCAUUGUCACAACAAAACUGCUCUUGAUUUCGUCUUUGUGGGCUCGUCCUCUCUCAUUGCUACUGCAGGUCUCUCCACAGAUAACAGGAACGUGUGUCUGUGGGACACUUUAGUCACUCCGGCAAACUGCCUGGUUCACGCGUUUAACUGCCAUGAGUCCGGGGCCACCGUGCUCUCGAUGGCCCCAAGGCAGCAGCUUCUUAUCACCGGCGGGAGGAAAGGUUGUAUCACCAUCUUGGAGCUUCCCCACCGGAUCCAACGGCAGAGCUUUCAGGCCCACGACUCACCGGUCAAAGCGCUGGCUGUCGAUCUAACAGAGGACUGCUUCAUCAGCGGAUCAGCUGAAGGCAACAUUAAGGUGUGGAGCAUCACCACGCAGUGUCUCCUCUACACGUUUCCAAACGAACACGCUCGCCAGUCGCUGUUCAGGAACCUCGGGACGGGCGUGAUGCAGAUCGAGGUGGGACCGGCCAACCACAUCUUCUCCUGCGGCGCCGACGGGACCAUGAAGAUGAGGCUCCUCCCCAACUGCUUCGCCGCCCUGGACAACGACGGCAGCAAGAGGGACGUCAAGUUCUUCAUAUAAGUGGACAUAAAACGGGUUGAGCUGCUCAGCUGAAGAAAACGAAGCGCAUUUCAUGAGCGAGCGAAGCUCCCGGCACUGUGGAUCAGAGGCUUCCUUCUGGGGGAUGGUGCGGUGUCUGAGCGUAGGGCGUGAGGUUUAAAUUCACCUUGAAUGAUGGACGAAGGGAACUCUUUCUAUGAUUUAUUGACCUGAACACGACGACUUCUUGUCUGAGCCAAGAAUUCCUUGGUGAAAAAAAUCUGCUGCGGUUUUAUUUUUUAUGAAACGUGAACCCAAGCACAGGAAGUUUUUACAAAACUGGAGCUAAAGUGAGCACAGGGUAAGGACCGUAAUCAAAAUAAGCUGAACAGAGGAAAAUGAGAUAAACCCAGCUGGAGUUUCUCCACUUCAAACUGCCAAUUCAUUGUCCAGCACAUGGAGAGGCUUUUUUUUUUAUUUGCACAGAAUGCAAAGCUGCAGAAAAAGCUAGAAGUAAAAUGUUUCUGAAAUGUUUAAUUUUUCUCGUACAGUUUCAUGUUUAUAUUAAUAAAUCAGCCAUGAGGGUGAAAGUUUAUUUUGGAGUCUGUGCUUGGGCACACCCAGCCCCCCCGGCACAACCCGGUGAGGCCAGCGGACUUCAUGUAAAGCACAUCACGUCUGGUGACGAGGAGGCUGACGCCAGCUGCGUGGAGGAGCAGAGGGACCAUCUGUUCGGUUUCAUGUUUGACUUCAGGAGCUUCUCUCUAACUGGACUUGAACACAAACCAGUUGAAUAAAGUGUAGACGUCGUCACGAUCAGCGUUUUGUUGCUUUCUGAUAGAGGCUCGGAUCAAACCAGCUCUGCUUACGAGGCUGGCACCUGUAAAGAUCACAAAAUGAAGCCAGUUUUCAGAUGUGCUGUUGCCAGCUUGUACCAGCAUGGUAGUUUUUCCACUUCUUAAAAUCAAACGUAGCGUCAUUUAGGAGUUGUAGAGAUGCUGCCUUACUGGACCGAGUCAGACAAACUCCUCUCUGUGAUGUAGAGGAGUGUUGAUCCUCUUAUUUAUCAGAAAGCAAAUGUUUCUCUAAACUGAGGUAGAACUUUGUGACUGGAGUUUCUGUGUGCGCACCUGUUUUUAAAUGUAUUGGCACAUCAGCUAAAAGUACAUGUAGCAUAAUGCAUCUAGCUAGAUCAGGCAGGGUGGUGGUACAGCUGUCAAUCUUUAGUGAUAAAUACAUUUAACCAGAGGUAUUAUUGUUGUGUCCUUAGUAUGUGCAACCACGUGUUGAUGUUCAGGUUCAAAAACUUCAGCUUUUGUAAACAAGACAGUAGAUCAUAGGAAUUAUUGCAGAUGACAAUGAAACGGGGUCUAAGCGGGAACGGUACACGUUUUAAUGGAAGUUCUUUUUUUUUUUUUUCUAACAAUCCGUUUGGAGAAUUGACAACUGCCUUAGAAACAAUGUUGUCCUGAAGUUAAUUUUCAUUAGCGGACUUUUUUUUUUUUUUUGGAUGUGUUGAAUCAGUCGUCGGCCUCUUUGUUUCCUUAAUCGUCUAAACGCAGCACAUCGCCUUCGGCACGUUUGGACAAUAAGCUCUGAUGCGUGAUGCGAUGCUUGAAUAAGGAACAGGCUCCUGCAGAGCGUCUGAUAGUGGAUUAAACUGAUUCAGCUCAUAGAAGCUUUUCAUGCUGCUGUAAGGAAACACAUCACCAGAAGGAAAACCUUUAGAUGAAGCAGAUUUAAUGCAGUUUGUACAGAAAUACACAAACUAAUAUUUUAAUCAUAACUAGUGGUAGAUAAAUGUUGAUAAGACACUUUAUAAUUGUUCUGUACAAACGGGUAUAUUUAUGAAACAUGUUCACAUAUAGGAGUAAAGUGAUCGAAAGACAUAUAUUCCUGAUUUUUUUUCUUUUCUUCACAAACCAGGAGUCCUGGAGAGUAAAAAGAGUUUUAAACAUGCUAAUAGUGCAAACUCUUACAGAAACUAUAGUUUUUUUCUUAAACCAAAUACAGCUAGUCUCUUUAAACACGUCAAUUUGCACAAGCUCAAACAAAAACAGCUCGCUUCAAUAAAAUACGCAGCUUUAUUUCUUUUUCUCCAAUCUUUAAAAUGUGAAAUAAACCAGAA